AUGAUUGGCGCCCUACGAAACCAAUUCAGCACUUCUGCCACUGGCGUUAAGAUGGAGGAGUCCCCGAAGAAGACUGUUUUGGAGGGCAACCUGCCUGCCUCAUGGUAUACGGAUUCUACAUUCUAUGAGUUUGAGCGCCGUGCAAUCUUCUCCAAGCACUGGCUUUUGACUACUCAUCGUGUCCGACUGCCUGAAACUGGAAGUUACCUUCGAUUCGAAAUCGCCGGCUUUGACUUUUUGUUGGUCAAGAACAAGGAGGGAAGCAUCCAGGCCUUCCAUAAUGUGUGUCGUCAUCGCGCAUAUCCCCUCAUCGAUAAAGACGCACCAACAGAAGGCAAAAGAUCAAUUCUCUCUUGCGGUUAUUACGGCUGGUCGUACAACCUGAACGGGAACUUGACCAAAGCUCCAAAGUUUGAGGAGUUGCCUGAAUUUGACCGCAGUGAGUAUGACCUCUUCAAAAUACACACACACGUCGACAAGGUCGGAUUUGUAUGGAUCAAUCUGGAUUCGUCCGAAAAUCCUGUGGCUUGGGAAGACCUGCAUGGUGGAACGGACGAGCAGCCAAGAUUGGUUGACUUCAGCUUGGACAAGUAUGUCUAUCACAGGACCUGGACCACCAAUGGAAAGUAUAAUUGGAAGGUAGUAGGGGAGAAUUACAAUGAGUGUUAUCACUGCAAAGCCAGUCACCCAGGUAUUACCAAAAUUACCAAUCUGGAUCGCUACUCGGUAGAACCACACUCAGGCCGCUUUGAACAUUUCCCACCUAACCGAGACGAUAUCAAAACGGAAGACUUUGAGUAUUUUGGGAAUGGUGCUUUUACAUACAACUUCCCAAACACAUCUGUCAAUCUGUCCACGCCGUACUUCUUUAUCAUGCGUGUUGUCCCAACUAGCUCAAGCACGGUGACUACGGAAUAUCAAGUCUAUCGCAAUCCUGCCUCUUCUGAGGAGGUUUUCCAGCGUGCGGCUGACUUCUUCGAGGGUAUUGAGCUAGAGGACUACGACCUAUGUAAUGGUGUUCAGAAAAACCUCAACUCCGGUGUCUAUGUGCACGGACCGUUGCAUACACAACGAGAGAGCGGGGUUCUAUAUUUCAAGAACUUGGUAAAAGCACAAUUGGAGGCUCAUCUUGAGCAAGAGGUCGCCACCGGUCGUGAAAUCUGGCCAGCGAGGCGCGAACAACAGCUCCACAGCAAGGUGGCGGGGGAAGAAAAGGUUCGCGACGAUGUAUGUGCUUGUGGCUUGAAGGGAGGAUGUUCAUGA